AUGGGGGAAUGGGAGGUUACCACGCCUUUAGGUAUCACUGGAGCUAAAGGGAACGCAUCGUCAUCAGACGUUUUUCUCACAGUUAACAGUGAUUGUCGGGAGCUGGAAUGCUACAUGGUCCUGUCGAAGGAGGAGCAGACAGCCAUCGGCUCCAUCUGUUUCCUGGCAGGUCCUAUCACACUGCUGGAAAAUGUUCUUGUUCUGUGGGUGAUCGCCGCCACAGCCACCCUGCGGAAACGUCCUUCCUAUCUGUUCAUAGGCAACCUUGCACUGGCUGAUGUUUUUGCCAGCUGCUUCUUCACCACCAGCUUCCUGGACUUCCACCUCUUCCGCCGCGACGAUGGCCCCAUUGCCUACCUCUUUAAGUUAGGUGGUGUCACCAUGGCCUUCACUAGCUCAGUGGGGAGUUUACUGCUGACCGCACUGGACCGUUACCUCUGCAUCUACCAGGCCUCACGCUACAAGGUGCUGCUGACCCGCCGCCGAGCCCUGCUGAGCCUGCUGACUCUCUGGAGUACCACCAUCAUCAUCUCCUCCUUGCCUCUGAUGGGCUGGAGGUGUCCUACAGUUCUUGCUCCACCCUGCUCACGCCUCUUUCCCUACAUCAACCAGGGUUAUCUGGCCUGCUGGACCAGCUUUAUCCUGGUGCUUCUGGCUCUCAUUCUGGGUGCUUAUGCUCUCAUCCUGUUGAAGGCCCACCAACAUGAAUCCUCCAUGACCAACCUACAGGGAGCGGCAGGGACGGGCCAGGCCCGCAUGAGAAUGGAUAUCCGACUGGCACGCACCUUUGGCUUGAUCCUGCUCAUACUGGUGGGCUGCUGGCUUCCUGCACUAUCCUUCAUGCUAGCUGAUGUCUCUGUGGUCCUGACACGCACCCAACAGAGGGCCUUCGCCUUUUGCAGCACACUCUGCCUGGUUAACUCUGCAGUCAACCCGCUGCUGUAUGCGCUUCGCUGCAGAGAGUUAAGAGUUGCUCUACUGCAGCUGCUACAGGGCCUGCGUAAAAAUGGGAGGUGUAAAAAAUCUACAGGGGAUUUCACCCCAGGACCGCCCUCUGGAGAAGACGACUGUACUACCUUCUCUGAUGAUGAGAUGCCCCCAGCCAGACCCACCCAACUUAACUCUGUCUCAGAAAUAGUGAAGAAGCAGCAGCUAAACAUUAGAACAUGAAAAUGGUGGAUAGUUGAAAUGAUGUUAAAAUUGUGUUUAUGUCAGCAUGUUGUUGGUGAAAAACAUGCUGCAAAUUAGAUAAUACCACCAAGAACGUCACUGUAGAUUAAGAAUCAAAUCUACAAUACAACAGUGAGAUUCAUUGUCAUCAAAUUAUUAGAGCAGGCAUAACUAGCAUUUUUGAACUAUUGUGAUAAAGAAACAAUAAGUCUUGAAUAUUGUUAGUAGCAACAGGUGAUCAGACAGAUCAGAAAGUCUUAACUUGCCAACAGUGCGUGAAAGGAAAAAAAUAUUAACCUUGGGGAGUAGUUUGUUCAGUCAUACCAAUUUCAACACUAGGGAUAAGUUACAAUAUGAUGAAAUGUUAUGUUAUGAUGU